GGGCCGGGGGCCUGUCCCCGCCGGUCAGCUCUGCACGCCGCGUCCCCGCGCCCCGCGACUGCGUCACCGGCCCCCCGCACGUAACCACCGCUGCCUCCGCCCGCCUCGGGCCCGGGCGGACGUUUUGCCGCCCCGGCGACGUCAGCGCGUCCGGCGUUGCUUGGCUACCCCGCGGUUCCCCCUAAUCCUUGCUGCUUCUCGCUUUCCCGGGUGGAAACUCCUGGCCGCAUCUCGACGGGUCUCGGCUGCGUCAGAGCGGCAGGCAUCCCACCUGCACGUAACGGCUCUGACUCACCUGGACACGCGUGCCUCCCAACCCCGCGCCCACCAUCACGUUUCCUCAUCCUCCUCUCCAACAACCCUGCCCCAGAUCUGGCGGGAGAAGAUGGAGACGCGGGGGGCACCGAGUUUGGGACGUCGCUCGGGAGAGGGUCGCCAAAUGAUAGCCGUGACUGGAGGCCGUCCCUGAAGUUUGUCCUUGUACGGAGACACGUGGAAUGGAGGUUAAAUGAUGGCAGAGACAAGUCUGUUAGAGGCCGGGACUUCUGCAGCCUCCACAGCUGCAGCUCUGGAGAACUUACAGGUGGAGGCAAGCUGCUCCGUGUGUCUAGAGUAUCUGAAGGAGCCAGUCAUCAUUGAGUGUGGACACAACUUCUGCAAGGCUUGCAUCACCCGCUGGUGGGAGGACCUGGAGAGGGACUUCCCUUGUCCUGUGUGUCGGAAAACCUCUCGCUACCGCAGCCUCCGGCCCAACCGGCAGCUCGGAAGCAUGGUGGAAAUUGCCAAGCAGCUCCAGGCGGUCAAGCGGAAGAUCCGGGACGAAAGCCUCUGCCCCCAGCACCACGAGGCCCUCAGCCUUUUCUGCUACGAGGACCAGGAGGCUGUAUGUUUGAUAUGUGCAAUCUCCCACAAGCACUGGGCCCACACCGUUGUGCCGCUGAAUGAUGCCAGCCAGGAGUAUAAGGAAAAGCUGCAGAAGUGCCUGGAGCCAUUGGAGCAGAAGCUGCAGGAAAUUACCCGCUGCAAAUCCUUGGAGGAGAAGAAGCCAGCCCAGCUCAAGAGACUAGUGGAGAGUCGCCGGCAGCAGAUCCUGCGGGAGUUUGAAGAGCUUCACAGGCGGCUGGAUGAGGAGCAGCAGAUGUUGUUCUCACGGCUGGAGGAGGAGGAACAGGACAUCCUACAGCGACUGCGAGAAAACGCAGCUCACCUCGGGGACAGGCGCCGGGACCUCGCCCACCUAGCUGCAGAGGUGGAGGGCAAGUGCUUACAGUCGGGCUUCGAGAUGCUUAAGGAUGUCAAAAGUACCCUGGAAAAAUGUGAGAAGGUGAAGACCAUGGAGGUGACAUCAGUAUCUAUAGAGCUGGAAAAGAACUUCAGCAAUUUUCCCCGACAGUAUUUUGCCCUAAGGAAAAUCCUUAAACAACUAAUAGCGGAUGUAACCCUGGACCCCGAGACUGCUCAUCCUAACCUAGUCCUCUCUGAAGAUCGUAAGAGUGUCAAGUUCGUGGAGACAAGACUCCGGGACCUCCCAGAUACGCCACGGCGCUUCACCUUCUACCCCUGUGUCCUGGCUACUGAAGGUUUCACCUCAGGUCGACACUACUGGGAGGUGGAGGUGGGCGACAAGACCCACUGGGCAGUGGGCGUGUGCCGGGACUCCGUGAGCCGGAAGGGCGAGCUGACUCCACUCCCUGAGACUGGCUACUGGCGGGUACGGCUGUGGAAUGGGGACAAAUAUGCAGCCACCACCACCCCAUUCACCCCGUUGCAUAUCAAAGUGAAACCCAAGCGGGUGGGCAUAUUCCUAGACUAUGAGGCUGGCACGCUGUCUUUUUAUAACGUCACAGACCGCUCUCAUAUCUACACCUUCACUGACACUUUCACAGAGAAACUCUGGCCACUCUUCUAUCCAGGUAUCCGGGCCGGUCGGAAGAAUGCUGCACCACUCACCAUCAGGCCUCCAACGGAUUGGGAGUGACCGGGUGGGACAUAGGAAAAAUUGGGAUAAGGCAGGGUCCAGAAUACAGGCCUUCCUUCCCAUGGCCUGCAGGAGUGGCUUCAUGUCAGCCUGGUUGUUAGUCGGGAAUCAUCUCAGAGAAACUCUGGUUUCCUUGAUGGUUUGUGGGCAGGAGUGGAUAUGAAUGGGCUGCAGUGAAAGCACAGCUGUGCGUCCCUCCUAACUGUUAAGAUGGGGAGCUGGUUCCCAGGGGCUCGUGUCCCCCCGGGAGUCUACCAGGUUUUCUGUUGCACAGGAAUGGCUUGGCAAGGAAGGAGGGUCUUUUACUUUAAAAAAAAAAAAAAAAAGUCCAGGGGAGGCGCCAACUUAAACUGGAGAAAGAAGCCAAAACACCACAAUAUCCUCCAGGGGGCGCUUCAACCCAGGAUAGUUUUGUUUCCUGAGGAAGGUGACAGGUCUGUGCACCUCUAGAUUGAAGAGAAGAUGAGUGACAGCUGCUGUCACACAUCUGAAAAUUGAGUUGUUUCAAGGGCGAAGAAUAGUAAAAUGAAGGUCAGGACAGAAGGCAUGAAAAGUCCUAGAGACAAAUGAAAGGGUAGAGGAUUUCUUCACCUUCUGAUCCCAGGGUGGGUUUGUGAUUAUGAAGAAGAAUGGCCAAAAAACUAGAAAUGUAGGGGAAAAGGGCAGAUGAAAAGACAGGAGGCCCCAGAUCCCCACCUCACCUGCCAGCAGAGCGGGCUGCUUGCUGGCUCCCUCGUGGUGGGGUGGCUUGGCUCCAAGAAGUCACUCCCCCUGCUGCUCCCCAGAAGCAGGUUGGAAGAGCUGGU